AUGGACGACCAGGCUUGUCCGCGUUGUAAAACGACGAAGUAUAGAAAUCCCUCGCUUAAGUUGAUGGUAAAUGUAUGUGGCCAUGCCUUAUGCGAAAGUUGUGUGGAUUUGUUGUUUUUGAAAGGAUCUGGUUCAUGUCCGGAUUGCAAUGUACCACUUCGUCGUAAUAACUUUAGAGUACAACUAUUUGAAGAUGCGAUGGUAGAAAAAGAAAUUGAUAUAAGAAAGCGUGUGUUAAAAGAUUAUAACAAAAAAGAGGAGGAUUUUGCAACAUUACGAGAAUACAAUGAUUAUUUGGAGGAGAUAGAAACAAUUGUUUAUAAUUUAACAAACAAUAUUGAUAUUGUUGGGACAAAUAAAAGAAUAGAACAGUACAAAAGGGAUAACAAGGAGAUUAUUUCAAAGAAUAAGGCAAAAAUAGGUAGAGAAGAAGUUGAACUAGAAGAAAUAUUAGAGAUAGAGAAGCAAAUGGAAGAUUUGCGUAGAGCAGAAAUAAUCCGAAUGGAACAGGAAGCCAAGAAACAAAAAAUAAGAGAAAAGGAGGCUCUAAUCGAUGAGCUCAUGUUUGCUGAGGGCGAUGCCAAAGAAAUUCUCAACACAUUUGCUCAGAGUAAAGCUAAUAAACCAGAGGUGUUGCCUCCAGUACCAAAGGUAACACAAUUUUCAACGGGAAUAAAAUUCAACCGUGGCUCAACACAACCAACCAUUCCACUCAUAGAAGAAGGUCCAUUGUACAAAUAUGAGCCUCCAAUACAGCCAGAUCGCUGUGGUCCUGAUCCACCCUCUAUUGAGAAUAUCAUCAGUGGUGGUUACUUAAAGCAUGUCAGAGCAGAGAACGAAACAGAGAAGGCCGGUGGCUACAAAUCUACACUGCCGUGCUUGCGCGCCUUACAGGAUGCCCUCGCUGGCCUGUACCAUGCAAGCUGA